AUGGGAAUGUGGGAGGAAGCGAGUGACACAGGGAUGAAGAAGAAGAAGAAGGAUAAAAAUGAGGAGGAGGAGGAGCGGGGGAAGAAGGAGAGAAUGGUGAAUCUGACACUGGAGAUGAUCUAUCUGCUGACUGGAGAGCACUACAUCCCUAGGAAGAAGUCAGAUGAUGGGGGGGCCCUGCAUGCCCCUGGCUCCGUCAUACAGAAGGAAAAUAACAAGAAUGACAAGAAGAUCCUGGAACUCAUGUCCAACAUCAUCCAGCUGCUGACUGGAGAGGUUGCCAUAAGGACUCAUCAUGUUUCCAUCUAUUUUUCCUUGGACGAGUGGGACUAUAUAAAAGGAAACAAGGACCUUUAUGAGGAAGGGAUAAAGGAGGAGCCACAGCAGCUCCACCCACUGGCAGUCUGUGAAUAUAAAGAUGAGAGCAAUGUUACAGCACAUAUGGAAGCAACAUUAGGCUGUAAUAAUGAUGGAAAUCUCACUAAAAUGUCUCCAGUGGAACAGUCUCCACCAGCCAAUGGGAUUAAAGAGGAAGUGGCUUCAUGUGAAGAGAUAAACCAAUCAGAUUGCAGCAUUAAUCCAUUUACGGAACAGAUACAGGGAACAGAUACACCUACUCCUAUCAUGGGAUGCAGCCACUUUAAAACGAAGGUUAAUAAAUAUGAUAUAAAUUCAUAUUGGUCCCCAGAUGAAUCUGGCAUAACAAAAAGUACAUUACACAGUAAAGACAGCUGCAAUGAGGGCCAUAAACAUCUUAGCCAUAAGAAUGAUUAUAAUAAACAUCAAAAUCCCCACAAAAGACAGAAAUCUUUUUCUUGUUCUAAAUGUGGGAAAUGUUUCUCAAAUCUAACUUCCCUUCAUUGCCAUCAAAAGACUCACAAGGGAAAGAAACUUUCUUGUUUGAAAUGUGGGAAAUGUUUUGCCACCUCAUCAAAACUUAUUAUUCAUCAACGACAAACCCAUAUGGACGAAAAGCAUUUUUCUUGUUCUGAAUGUAGGAUAUGUUUUUCAAAGCAAUCUACCCUUGCUCGUCAUCAAAUUACUCACACAGAAGAGAAACCAUUAGCGUCUUCUGAAUGUGGGAAAUGUUUUGCCACUUCAUCACAACUUAUUGCCCAUCAACAACAAGUCCACAUGGAGGUAAAACCAUUUUCCUGUACUAAGUGUGGCAAAUGUUUUUCAUAUCGAUCUCUUCUUGUUCGUCAUCAAAGGACUCACACAGGAGUGAAACCUUAUUCUUGUUCUGAGUGUGGGAAAUGUUUUGCCUCUUCAUCACAUCUUAUUGGCCAUCGACAACAAGUCCACAUGGAGGUAAAACCUUUCUCCUGUUCUGAGUGUGGGAAAUAUUUUUUAUAUCAAUCUCAGCUGGUUCGUCAUCAAAGGACUCACACAGGAGAGAAACCUUAUUCUUGUUCUGAGUGUGGGAAAUGUUUUGCCACUUCAUUACAACUUAUGGCCCAUCAACAACAAGUCCACAUAGAGGUAAAACCUUUUUCCUGUUCUGAGUGUGGGAAAUAUUUUUUAUAUCGAGCUCAUCUUGUUCGUCAUCAAAGGACUCACACAGGAGAGAAACCUGAUUUUUGUUUUGAAUGUGGGAAAUGUUUUGCCACUUCAUUGCAACUUAUUGCCCAUCAACAACAAGUCCACAUGGAGGUAAAACAAUUUUCCUGUUCUGAGUGUGGCAAAAGUUUUUUAUAUCGAUCUCAUCUUGUUCGUCAUCAAAGGACUCACACAGGAGUGAAACCUUAUUCUUGUUCUGAGUGUGGGAAAUGUUUUGCCACUUCAUCACAACUUAUUGGCCAUCAACAACAAGUCCACAUAGAGGUAAAACCUUUUUCCUGUACUGAGUGUGGGAAAUGUUUUUUAUAUCGAUCUCAGCUUGUUCGUCAUCAAAGGACUCACACAGGAGAGAAACCUUAUUCUUGUUCUGAGUGUGGGAAAUGUUUUGCCAAUUCAUCACAACUUAUUGGCCAUCGACAACAAGUCCACAUGGAGGUAAAACCUUUUUCCUGUUCUGAGUGUGGGAAAUGUUUUUUAUAUCGAGCUCAUCUUGUUCGUCAUCAAAGGACUCACACAGGAGAGAAACCUUUUCCUUGUUCUGAAUGUGGGAAAUGUUUUGCCUCUUCAUCACAACUUAUUGGCCAUCGACAACAAGUCCACAUGGGGGUAAAACCUUUUUCCUGUUCUGAGUGUGGGAAAUGUUUUUUAUAUCAAUCUCAGCUGGUUCGUCAUCAAAGGACUCACACAGGAGAGAAACCUUUUCCUUGUUCUGAAUGUGGGAAAUGUUUUACAAAUCAAUCUAGCCUUACUCGUCAUCAAAUGACUCACACCGGAGAGAAACCUUGUUCAUAAUGAGAAUUUUUUUUAAAACCGGUCUUGCCUUAAAGUUCUUUAUAGAACCCACACUGGAGAGAAACCAUUUUUCAGAAUGUGGGAAAUGUUUUAGAAAUCAGCCAAACCUUUCUUUUGCAUUGAUUACAUUUUAAUAUGACUUUCAGUAUUUACAGAGAGGAGAAACAACACUAUACAGUUCAUUACAGGGUGAUCCUUAGACCAGUACAGUUUGGGAUACAAAACUCCAUAGAUAUCACUUUGGCAGGUGUGUUUUCUUAAUGCUUUUCAGAGGAUAACCUAAUGGAGAUAAAACCAGCUGGAAAUGACUUGAAAGUUAUAUAUGUUUUUACUAUAAAUCGGAAUGGGGAAAUAAAUCUGUUUAACCCUUAAAGUGGCAGCAGAGUUUCCCAUUUCAUUUGCACUCCGUGCCAUCCGUUUUUGAACAUUUUGUGCUCUCUCACUUUAGGGGCAUUUCCUGAGAUGGAUUUUUAAUUUACCUAGGAAAAGGAUACAUCAUUUGUUUCAGGAGAACCUGAGCUUUCUAAAACUGCCAGAGUUUUUGUGUAUUUUCAAUUCUGGAACAAGAUUUAGAGCUCUAGAAAUUGCCAUGUUUCAUGUUAUAGGGAUUUAUAACACAAAAAUAUUUUUAUUUUACGCACAAAAAUUCAACUGACUUGGAAAGCCUGAGGUGUCUUGAAUGCACCAAUACCAGAUAUGGACAGUUUUAUGGAGAUUCCUGACUUCUAUAGAUCUAAAAGCCCCAGCAAUAAAUGAUCAUAUUUUCAAAACA